AUCUAAUUUCUUUACAAUGACUUCUCACUUUUGAGGAGAGAGAGAAAAAGAAUCUCAUUACUUUCAUGGCCAAAUCACCUCCAGAACUAAGCAGACCCACAUAUCCCACUCUCAAAACUCCUUCCUGUCCUAAACAACGCACUACCAUGUCAGCCUCUUCUCUCUACUCCCCUAAACUCUCUAUCUUCCUUCUAGUCCUUUGCGUUUCUCUCUUCACUCUCUACCACAUCCGGUUUCUCCAUGCUCCACCAUCUUCAACUUCAUGGUCUCUCAUGCACCAUUGGGAAAGAGUAACCAAUUGCACCCAAGAACUCGAAUCCAUGGCUGAAAAACUGCGGCAGGCGGUCACAUUUCUCCCCCUUAAGGACUUACGCUAUGCAGAUACAGCUCCUGAAGGUCACACGUGGUUCAUGAGCUCUAUGCAUGAUACUCGUGAAGAAGGUGAAGUGCAAUAUCAGCAGUUUCCUUCAGAAUCGUCAAAAGGUAGGUUACUUUGCUUGAAAGGAAAGGAGACACAUGAUGGUUCUUGGAAUUCAUAUGCACUGGCAUGGCCUGAAGCAUUGCCUAUCAAUGCCACUCUUCUAAAAGGACUAACCUUUGUAUCAUAUAACCAUUAUAACUAUGAUAAUAUUUGGCAUGGGUUAUCAGCAAUGGUACCAUUUGUUUCUUGGCAUAGAAGAAAUGGGUGUGAAUCUCCAAGUAGAUGGAUUCUGUACCACUGGGGUGAGCUAAGGUUCAAUAUGAGUCCAUGGCUAAAGAUCCUAAUAGAGGCAACAUUUGGUGGAGCCCCAUAUAUUGAAAACUUUGAAGGGGUUAAUGAUAGUCAACCAGUUUGCUUUGAAAAGUCUGUGGUGAUGAGGCACAAUGAAGGAGGCAUGUCAAGAGACACGAUGAUUGAGACUUAUGAUUUGAUGAGGUGCAAAGCUAAGGUGUAUUGUAAUUUAAGCUUAGAAGGUAGGAUUGCUGAGGUUAAUAAGCAAGGUUUACCAGUGAUUGGCAUGACCCUGUUCAUGAGAACUGGUACAAGAUCAUUCAAGAAUGAAUCUGCAGUGAUUGGAAUCUUUGAGAAGGAGUGCGCUAAGAUAGAUGGGUGCAGGUUGAUGGUGGCAUACUCCAACAAUCUAACAUUUUGCGAGCAGGUGAAGUUGAUGAGCUUGACAGAUAUUCUAGCAUCUGCUCAUGGUGCUCAGUUAACAAACUUGUUCCUAAUGGACAAAAACAGCAGUGUCAUGGAGUUCUUCCCAAAAGGAUGGUUAAAACUUGCUGGUGUAGGCCAAUAUGUUUUUCACUGGUUGGCAGGCUGGUCUGGGAUGAGACACCAAGGAGCAUGGCGAGACCCUAAUGGAGAUGAAUGCCCCUACGGCGAAGAUGAUCGCCGGUGCAUGACAAUUUACAAGACUGGCAAGAUUGGACUCAACGAGACUUACUUUACUGAGUGGGCUAAAAAAGUUCUCAAUGAAGUUAAAAUAAAGAAGUUGGAGGCAGCAGCAAAUAAGACUAAUGCUUCAGCUUCUAUUUGUGCUUGUGGCUAGCUAACUUGCUCUCUUGAUGACAGAUUUUUUGUUUCAUUUUUUUCCUUUCCAAUGCGUACUUUCUUAUGAGAUAGCUUUGAAAUUAAGACCUCUUGGAAGAUAAAAUUAAGGUCAUUUAAACAACUGUUCAGUGACAUUGUAUUGUUUGUUAUUGAAUUUUAUUUUUUUUACACUAAUCAACAAAUUAUUAUUUUUAUUCAA